AUGGGUGGCGCAAACCGCGACGGUUGGUUGCCUCUGUCCCCCACCUGUGGCAAGGCCAAGCCUCUUAAGGCCCCCAAGAAGCAGAACAAGGAGAUGGACGAAGAGGACGUUGCCUUUGCAGAGAAGAAGAAGGCCGAGGAGAAGGCCCGCAAGGAGAUGGCCCUCAAGGCCCAGGGCAAGGGCCCUCUGGCGAGCGGCGGCAUCAAGAAGAGCGGCAAGAAAUAG